GCUUCAAUAAUCAUUAAUCAUGGAGCAUAUACCUCAUUCCAACAUGUUAGAUUCUCCGGCAGAAUUUUCUGCUGGCUCGUUCACCCCCCCAGGAACUCCACCCCCUCUUCCGGGUGUCUCAUUCACCCCCCCAGGAAGUCCUCCAUCUCUUGCCGAUGGCUCCUCCACCCCCCAAGGAACUCCUCCACGUCCUACCGCUGGCUCCUUCACUGCCCCGGGAAUUCCACCUCGUGUUCCUGAUGUGUCCUUCACUCCCCCAGGAACUCCUCCUCCUCCUCCUCCUCCUUCCAACCCCGUCCCCAUUCCCACCCCGGAAGUGAUUGAAAUCUCUGAUGAUGAUGACGAGCCGAUGGAGCAAGAUCCAGUUGAGCAAUCGUGGCGGCGACUCAGCCACCUCAUCAAAAACCGUGAGGAGCGAAUUCGAGCGGCUCUUCAGACUCUGGCUCCUGAAGAUGGAGAAAGGAUGAUCGGUUUUUUCCGCAAGAUGAUGAAAUAUUUCCUCGAACUCUCCGAAAACACGCAUCGAGACAGACUCGAUGCUAGAGAGCACUCUUACCUCCUCCGCGAUAUUCCUCAAAUCCAGCUUAUCUUGCAAGCGACCGAGGAAUCCAAUGCGCAACUCUUGGCCGAUCUGAUCAACCACUGGAUCUCUCUUAUCCAAAACCUUUCCAACGCUCGCAGAUCCCAGAGAAUUCAAGACCUGUUGGCCUCCAUGAAGAAUCCGCCCGCCCGCUCGGCUCGGCGGCACGCAGCAAUGUUCGAGCACCUUGCCACCUUACCCAUGUCUUCCAUCGAAUCUGCCUUGAAGUAA